AUGUCCACCCACCAGCCAACCCCAACAAUCCUCCUCCCAAACCUACCUCCAAAAACCCUCGUCGGCAUCGACCUCAUAACCUUCACAUCAACCCCAAAUUUCCACGGAAUCCGAGACCUUUCCCCAGGAUGGCACUUCCUCUACACCGGCGCAACAGAGACCCUCUCUCUACGCAGCGGCGCAUGGUUCUACAUCGGUGACAUCAGCAUCGCCGGGAAAGGGAGCAACAACACAGCCCUCGUCGCGCAAAGCCGAAACAAAACCCAACCCCAAGACGCACCGGCGCCCGAGAUUUACAUCUGGAAAUGGAGCGCAGAUACAGAGUCCCUAGGGGCGCUAGACAGUGAGAGCGACUCCGCCCGCCAGGAGAACAUGCGCUACAAAGCGAAUCUCGGUUCUGUGUGGCAGAGCGGAGGGUUAUUCAGGUAUCGCAGCCGGAUUGCGCCUUCAAUGCUUGUCAAGCCCGUGACGGAAUCAGAACCUAGCGAAAAGAACGAAGACAAGCCUGAACCCCAAAUCGAAGCUCGCAUCCAGACAGAAGACGAUGCGCAAACCGAAGAAAGCGGCCGGAGGGAUUGGUCUAGACUGACUGACCGGAUCUCACCGAAUUUUCUAUCGCGCGUUAUUGGGAAUCCGGAGGUUGAUAUCGACGGUCAUCCGCGAUGGGUGUUGUCGUCUGCUUCAACGGCUAACCGGGAUGCGGACCAUAUCCCCGGCGUUGACUCGCCGGCUGAAGGGCUGCACGAGCCGGAAAUAAGCGAGGAAGCGGAACGCGAGUUCGGCUUUAUUCCGAUUGAUUUGAAGCGGACGUGGAGAGAAGGUGCUGUCGGCCGUGAGCGGACUGAAGCUGCUCAGGAUCGGUCUUGGGCUCUUGGAGACUUGAUCGAGCGGUAUGCUAAGGAGGCUUCUGGGGGGAAUGAGUUACUUGGAGAACUGCAGUUUACGUUCCUCAUGGUGCUGACUAUGAUGAACUACUCGUGUUUACAGCAGUGGAAGCGGCUUCUUGAGCUUAUUCUUACAUCCCGGGGAGCAAUUGUGGAUAGGGAGGAUUUCAUGAGUGAAGUUCUUCAGAUACUGUCGGUGCAGCUGCAGCGAUGUGAUGAUGUUGAUGGUGGACUGUUUGAAAUUGAUGGUGAUGAAGGCGGGGCUUUCUUGCGUAACCUACUCAUGAAGCUGCGUCAUUCAGUCGAUGACAUUGUCGGCGAUAGUGAAUCCAAAGUCAAAUUGGAGCUUGACAAGCUUGAAGAGUGGGUGAAGGCAGAAUAUGACUGGGAGCUGCGUCGUGGGGCUCUCGUUCGCCACGGUAUGCUUCAAUUGGAGGACGGUGAGCAGGUCGAAAUGGACUGGCAUGGGAAUGACGAGGAAGACGAGACUGGAGAAUAUGCUCCGAUGAUUGUUGAGUAG